CUAACCGUCAAAUGCACGCUUGAUGCCAUGGAAGCGAGCGAAAGCGAUGAGACGGUCCUGGUGUUGGUCUCCCUGCUGAGUGGUGAAGCGCUGGCGGAGUUCGCAGCGCCCAAGCGUUCGACCGUUCAUGACGUGAAGACGCGAUUGCGGGAUCAGGAGGGAACUCCUGUAAGAAAGCAGCAGCUGGUCUAUGGGUGUGACAUCCUGCCUGAUACAGUUUGCCUGGCUGAACUCGGCUCCUCUGACAAGCUGGAGUUGCGCCUGGUCCGGAAAGAGGCAAUCAACUUCCAGUGGCAGGCCACAGUUGGAGAUGGAAAUUGCAUCACAAGCCCGGAGUGGUGUCUGGACAGCAGUGAGGCAGUGUCAAGUCGGCGGUGUGCUCUCAGUUUGCGCUACUACCCGACCGGAUUUGAAAGUAAGAUGCUAAAAGAUGGCAACUUCAGCAUCAUGGUGCAGAGGCCUAAGAGCAGCAUCUUGCACGCCCGCGUUCACAUUGCUGGUGUCAUGCGAGAGCGGCUCUUCACCAGUGCGCAUGGCACGCUCGAGGGCUGGAUAAACUUUGCAUCGCAAGAAGUCUUGCCGAGCUGUGAAACCCAGCAGAUUGGCUUGGAGGUGCUCCAUUGCAGCAUGAUUCCUCCACCGGCGUGUUCUGGAAGCCAAGCCAGCUGGGAUCUCCGCGAUGCCCUAGGCCGAAUGCCCUACGCCAUUGGGGUCCCUUUUGUAGAGGAAGCCAGGAUUCAGUCCCACGAGUUGACGCCGAUCCACUUACGAUUGGCCUUCUUCCCGGGUGGCCACACCGCCGCCCCGAAGAACCAUGUGUCCGUGUGGGUCUCCCCGCUCCAAGGCUUAGAGGACCGGAGCUGCGACCUCAGGGCUUUCGCUGAAUGCCAUGCUGGCCGUGACAUUCUGUGGUAUCUUAUGUAAGUUUUUGCGCAGAUGGUUCAUGUUCCGGGGUGGGAAUGGCUAGGAGGGCUGCUAUGACACUGAUGUUUCCGGAUGUUUUCUGCCCUCUUCCAUCUCUGUGUGCACUUGACCUUGCCUCAAGGCUAUGUCUGCAGCGUGGACGGGAGCUCACCCCAACGGGCCUCUGGAGAGACGGUGCUGCACUUUCCAAGGCUUGAGGUCUUUGGAGAGAUCAGCCUCUCAGUUUGCCGGCUCCCGAGCCCUGAUUCCCCACGACGACUGCACCAAUUCGAAUGUGGCUAGCUCAAUACAGCGCCGGAGUUGACCUGAUGCCUCUUUCGGGCUGCAAAGCUAUAAAUAUGGCUUUGGCGCUCCUUCCAAGUUUGCCCAAAUGUGCUGCAAUGUGCAGCCCUCAUUUGGAAGGCGGUUGAACAAAGUCGCUUUGGGGCAACAUCUGAAGGUGAAUCGUGAACCAGUCCAUAGCUCCACAUAUUUUUGUUCCAUAUUGCUUGAGAUUGCGCCGAGCCCUUCC